UAAUCUGUCUUGUGCCAUCCCAAAGAUCGGCUUCUUCCAGUGAACCACGCGACCGGACUGCCUUCUAACACGUGUCAAUUUUACGGGACCACCAGCUCUCGCUGCCACACACAGAAUCAUCGCUUCGCCACCAAGAGUACUCUGUUCCUGAAGAUUGAUUGCCCUUUCGAAGAGCCCGCCCGCGAACUCUGAACUCACUUUUGAGUCUUUAUUUUGUUAUUGUCAUUGAAUAGAAGAUCAAUAUCAAGCAAGCCUCUAAAAGGUUAUGUGGUGUACAUCAAGCUAUUUUCAUCUCUGAAUCAGUCUAGAAUAUUGUGUUUGGUGUGACUCACCUACUCUUGGACCCUUGGUUGUGAUGAGCGCCACAGUCAGCCAUUGGAGAAGAAACGGAGAAACUUUUCAACAUGGAUUUAGGUACUGCAAGGCAUUGCCUGGACAAACACACGUCAUGGUUCUUAAGAAAUUCAAGAACGUCAGGUGGGGAAAAUAUUCACAAACUUCCAUAUAAUGUAGCUGGUUGGAAUUUGAGAAUGGGCUACCAAAGUUUGACUUACACACAUCAAUCUUCUACUGGAAAGCACCCUAUGGCCCAUAUGUCCCGGAGAAGAUAUUCAAUGUCUGUUAGUUUGGAGGAAUCUUCAUCGCUCAAGUCAGAAGAUUAUUCUAGUAGUGAUGAUGCAAUUGAAAUGCCAGAGGAAGUUCUUGCUCAACCACUAGGAAGUGAUGAGCUGAAGUCACUGUUGGCUGAUUCUGAAAGAGAAAAGCUCAUUAAAAAAUUAAGUGAAGCAAAUCAACAAAAUCGCUUUCUCAAACGACAGUUGUACAUAAAGGAGGAUGCGUUGGUAAAUUUCAAAAGCGAACUUGCUGUCAUGGAACUUGAAAUUCAGGCUUUGGUCACACUUGCAGAAGAAAUAGUUAAAUCUCCCAUUCCGGCAGGUUCAAGAAAGAUUAAUGGGAGAUACAUUCAAUCUCAUCUUCUUUCCCGUUUAGAAGCUGUACAUGAAAAGCUGAAGGAACAGAUAAAGGAUGUGGAUGGUGUGCAAUCCAAGGAGGUUUCCUUAUUCUGGUGUGGCAUGGCCGAGAGUGUGCAAGUAAUGGGAACGUUCGACGGAUGGAGUCAAGGAGAGCACUUAUCACCAGAAUACACUGGUUCUUUCACCAAGUUCUCAGCAACGUUGAUGCUAAGACCUGGAAGGUACGAAAUCAAGUUCAUGGUGGAUGGAGAGUGGCACCUAUCUCCAGAAUAUCCUACCGUUGGUGAGGGACUAAUGAAAAAUAACUUAUUAAUUGUGGAAUAAUUGCAGGUCUGCUGUUCUGAUCUCAAUAUUGCUAAUACAGAGAGUGACUGGCCUCUUUUCUAGUUUGAGCCUCUUUUACUCUGUUUGUAUAAAGUCUUGUAGUACACAAGCAUAAUAGAAUCUGCAAAAAUGCGAAUGUUGGAAAAAAAAAAACUCUUGCAUAUGAGAGAGAGAGAGAGAGAGAGAGAGAGAGAGAGAGUUGCUUUGGAAGAGCAGAAGCAAUUGACUCCUAUAGGUGGCUUGUGAAUAUGCCACCCAAAUGUUUCAAGAUUUUUCCUGACUUUUCUUAAUCAACAACUUCAUUUGCCGCGUGGAGGCAAACUUCUGACUUCUGAGUUGUUCUCUCUCUAAAGAUCGUGAUGUAAGUUGGACCAUUUUUCUAUUAUGUAUAGGUAUAGAUGCCUUCUUA